CCACACUCACCUCACACCUACACCAUGAAGCUGAUCGUUCUCACCUGCGUGGCCGCUGUGGCCCUGGCCUCACCUGUCUAUGAUCAACACUCAGCAGAGACGCCCAAAAUUCUGGUUGACGAACGCCACAUAGCCGACGACGCCUCCUACUACAACUUCCAGGUGGAGACUGAGGACGGCAUCACUCGCCAGGAGUCAGGUGCUACCAUCAAGGAAGGCUCUGCUGAAGGCGCUGUCGCUCAGAGCGGAUCAGUCUCCUUCACCCUCCCCGACGGACAGCAGUUCGAGAUGACCUUCGUGGCUGACGAGAACGGCUUCCAGCCCCAGUCCAGCUUCCUGCCGGUGGCACCUGAGUUCCCUCACGAGAUCCCCCAGUUCGUGCUCGACCAGAUCGAGAAGGCGCGACUUGAGGACGAAGCUGGGUCCCGCGAGGGUCCCUCCUCCAGAUACGGCGCCCCAUAAGUCUCCUCACUCUGCUCUCCUUCUUGCUCCUUCACCCCCAUGUUGUCCAGCAGCGGCCUGAACUUGAUCAUAAUGAUUGACGUCAUCCUUGUACGUCUUUUUUUUGUGUUAUAUUAAGGUCACAAUGCGACCUGUAAUGCAUACAGUAUUCAAAUAUAUUUUUCAUCCACUUAAAAAAAACCAUUCAUCCUCCUUAUACUUUCGCCACCAUAUGAAAUAAAAGUUGCAGUUUUUCUGCGUGAGCCACCGCUCAUCAAACUCCAUAUACCUGCACAUGAGCUCAAACAGCUUAUCAUAGGGAAAGUGCAUAAUGCUCUCUACUCAUCCUUGAAUGGUGGCUAAAAAUAAAUACUCGUCAUUACAUACUGCAAAGCGCCUUUAUUAUACCAUAGAUUUGAAGAGCUACAGCUUGUAUGCUGAGAGAAAACACUGUACAAAGGAAGGGUUUCACUGCCAUAAGGACUGGGACUAAUAAUUUAUAUGAGAAAGGAUCCGGUUAGUUCGUGAACUCCUUUUGUGAGGUGUAGCAAAAUAUACUGUAUAUAUUUUUUAAUAAUGGUGUACUAUGUAGCGCUUCCAGAAUGAGAAAGGCGCUAGAUGGGGGUUUAAAUUCCAUCACAAUUUGGCCAUUACUUAAAUAAUUAACGAAAGAAUGAUAACGAAGACCCGUUGAAUUUUAAAUAUUUUUCACAGGUUUACGUUGAGUGCCAUCAUGUCACAAUGUCUCGUGCGAUCUGCUGAAUUUGUGUCGUUAAAGCUAUACUGUACAGUAGGCCUAUAUGUAGAUACCAAAAAAAAAACACGUAUCCGGAAGGGUCAGCUUGAAGAGACAGACGGAUAACAGUAAAAAAAAAACAUAUAUAUUGAUCUGUUUAUUCAUAGUUUUCCUCAUUUGUAAUUUUUUAUAUCACAUCACCGGAAUCUUUAAACGCCAGCUAGGCUUCCGUAGUAUGCAUGACUUCAUUCAUCUUGUGUUAUUGCUGAGCAUAACUGUGACAACGGAUGUCCUUGUUCCGCGCUCCCUGACCUUGGCAGCACGUGUUGCCACCUACAGGAUAUGUAUGGGUCCGUAUUCUCAACUUUUUUUUUAAUCCUUCAAUAUCCUCUUCGUCACAGUUCAGGAUGUUAACAAUUCUGUCACAAUUUUCACCGGUAGAUAAACUAUGACUUGACAAGAUUUUUACAUUAUAUCACCUGUCCUCAGUAUUAUAAUACCCAUAUUACUUUUUAGUGUUUUGAAGGUGUUAAGUCAAGUGCUUCACUGUUGUAAAGACAAAUAAAGAGCCAGUAGGCAGUGGCUAUACUCUGUGGGAGUGCAUCUCGUAACCAAUGAAAAUUGCAAAAGAGCACACAUUACAUGCCACCAUUACACACUGAAACGUUAACCCCUUCACUACAGGAUGUCACUUUUAUUAUUUUAUUUGGUUAACGCAAGACGAUUCUAUUAAUUACAGAGAGGCGCCUUGUAUGUUUUCUCCUUCACCUUCUCAACACUAUUUCUCUCUUUUCUCUUUUUUGCUAUACUGUUACGUGAUAGAUAAAAGGAACUCUUAGCUCAAA